AUGAAAUUAUUAAAUAUUUGUUUAAUAAUUUUAAUAAUAUCAUUAUAUAAUGGUGUAGAAGCAAGAUUUAAAACACCAAUUGGUAAAAAGAUUGAUAGAAUGAUUAGAGAUUUACAUGGUGAAGUACCAGUAUUCUCAAAUGAAUCUUUAAUUUUUGAACAAAAUGUUGAUCAUUAUGAUUAUUUUAAUAAUAAUACAUUCAAACAAAGAUAUAUUGUAGUUGAUGAUUAUUUCACUGGUGAUGGUCCAAUCUUUUUUUAUUUAGCAGGUGAAGCACCAAUGGGAUUCUUUGGAUUCCAAGAAGUUCAAGUUGUAAAUUGGGCACAAGAUUUUGGAGCAUUAUUCAUUGUAUUGGAACAUCGUUAUUAUGGUGAAUCAUAUCCAGUUGAUGAUUUAUCAACUCACAAUUUAAAAUAUUUAACAUCACAACAAGCACUUUCCGAUGCUGCUAACUUUUUAUCAACUUAUAAACAAGAUAAUAAUUUAAUUGAUAAUCAAGUUGUUGUAUUUGGAUGUUCUUAUUCUGGUGCACUUUCAGCAUGGUUUAGAUUAAAAUAUCCAAAUUUAGUAGUUGCAAGUGUUGCACCAAGUGGACCAGUUUUAGCACAAUUAAAUUAUACAGGUUAUUAUGCACAAUUUUCAAAUUCAGCUCAACCAGAUUGUGUAGCAGCAACUCAACAAGCAACAAAUGAAAUUAUGCAAUUAAUUGCUAAUGAAAGUGGUCGUAAACAAUUAGAAAAAACAUUUAAUUCAUGUCAUUCAUUAGAUGAUCCAAGAGAUCAAUAUUAUUUCCUUUACUCAAUCACUGAUGCAUUAGGUGGUUCUGAUCAAAUGAAUAAUCCACCAACUUGGAUUUUAAAUUCAACUUGUCAAAUGUUAUUACAAAAUACUAAUUAUGUUAAUAAUUGGGCUCAAAUUGUAAAUGUUGGUCAAACCCAAUGUAAUGAUUUUAGAUUAAAAUCAUUUAUUGAACAAUUAAGAGACAUUUCAAUUAAUGAUAAUAGUGAUAAUAGAAUGUGGACUUAUCAAACAUGUGUUGAAUUUGGUUAUUUCUCAACUGCAUACCCAGGUACAAGUGUUUUCCCACCAGUUUUAAAUGUUGAAGAACAAACUAAAUGGUGUGAAGAAAUUUAUGAUAUUCCAGGUAUGACUCCAAAUAUUGAUGCAACUAAUAAUUAUUAUGGUGGUCAAAAUAUUCAAGGUUCAAAUAUUAUGUUUACAAAUGGUUUACUUGAUCCAUGGCAUUUAUUAAGUGUUAAUGAAGAUAAUCAAGCUGGUACUGUUAAAGCAGUUACAUAUGAAGCUGGUCAUUGUGGUAGUUUAAUUGCAACAACUAAUGACGAUCCAAUCUCUUUAACAAAUGCAAGACAAGAAGUUUUAUCUUUCUUAAAAUUAGUUUUAUCUCAAUAA